AUGGCAUAUGGGGCACAGGCCAACCCCAAAGGGUUCAGGAAGAAGGCGCUGGUUAAACACCCCACUGGAUGGAAGAGGCCAAGCCUCAGAGCCUCUUCUCCUUUCAGAACCUCCAGGUCCAGCCUGGGUAUGAAGAAAUUCUUUGCCAUCGCAGUCCUGGCUGGCAGUGUUGUGUCCGUCGCCCAUGGCAGCCUGUUGAACCUGAAGUUCAUGGUGGAAGCUAUCACCCACAAAAACGCCAUCCUGUCCUUUGUGGGCUACGGCUGUUACUGCGGGCUAGGGGGGCGCGGCAAGCCCAUGGAUGAGGUGGACUGGUGCUGUCACGCCCACGACUGUUGCUAUCAGAAGCUCUUUGACCAAGGCUGCCGCCCCUAUGUGGACCACUAUGACCACAGAAUUGAGAAUGACACUGUGAUUGUCUGCAGUGAACUCAAUGAGACAGAGUGUGACAAGCAGACAUGUGCGUGUGACAAGAACUUGACUCUGUGCCUCAAGGACCAGCCGUACAGGGACAGGCACCGAGGCUACCUCAAUGUCUAUUGCCGGGGUCCCACGCCCAACUGCAGCAUCUAUGACCCGUACCCAGAGGAAGUCACCUGUGGAUACGGCUUCCCAUCGACCCCUGUCUCAACCUAG